AUUUCAUAUUUCAUAUCUAAAUUUUAAAAUGUCCCCCUAAAAUGUCAAACAGAGAUUCAUUCGUCUUGGCAGCUUCCAAAUCAUUUCGAAUUAAGUUAGAACUUAUAAAGUAAAGGAUAUUGAAUUUUUAAAUAAGAUAUCCUGAGAUAACCAACGGAACACAGCAAGAGAAGUGUUCAAUUAAAAGCAACUAUUAUGCUUAAGACUUAAAUAUGGUGAAUCCUUAUGUCAAAAACCUUAUUAGGGGGCGUAAUAAUAACAUCAAUUACAAUAAAUCUACAGAUUAUAAACUGAAAACUUCUAUUACCAAUGACUAUUAUCAUGUUAAAGUUGAUGGUUUAGCUAAUAAUAACACUGUACCAAAAAAGAAAAAUCCAGUGGCUUUUAUCCUUAACACUAUAGGUGCAAAUAAACACCAUGACCAUCUAAAAACUAAAAAGUCAGUUUUUAUAGAUACUACACAGUUUAGUAAUAUAUAUUCUGUUAUUGGCAACAACAGCUCUGUGGAUGAACUAAAUAAGCCAAAUUUAUCACCAGUUUCUAGUCAAGAAUCACUUCAAAUAGGUACUAACUCAAAUCAAGAAUAUACUGUAGAUAGUCCAAACAUAUCACCAGUCUCCAGUCAAAAUUCAUUUCUUUCAGUGCCUGAUUCAAAUUGGGGAUGUAUAAGAUAUAGUCCACACGUGUCACCAGCAAGCAGUGAGGAAUAUGUUUUACUUAAAAAUGAAGUGAAUCAAAAAACAUUUCAAUCAAAUCAUAAGUUAGAUAUAUCCAAUUCUGAAAACAGUUUAAAUUUGUCACCAAUCACUAGUCAUGAGUCAUUACAACCACGCGAUGAACACAAGAUGCCAGAGACUCGUUACAAUUCAAAUUUAUCACUAGCAAUUAAUCAAAAAUCACUUUCAACUAAUUAUAAACUAAGUGUGGAAAAUAUCUGCCGCAGCUCAACACAAUCAAUCAUUUUUAGUCGAGAAUCACGUUUAUUAUAUGAUAAAUUGAAUGUAGUAAAAGACGUCCAUAAUCCGGAACCAUCGUCCGCAUUAAGUCUAGAAGCAUUUGUACUACAUAAAAAAUCAGUUGAUGAAAUUAAUAUUGCAGAAAAAGAGUACAGUGUAACUCUACCAUCAUGUUCUAGUAAAGAAUCACGUUCCUCGAACACUGAGUUGAGCGUAAUAUAUAUUAAUCAGAGUCUAAGUCAAUUGUCAGCAUCCAGUCGAGAUGAAUCAACAGUAGUAGAUACUGAGUUAAAAGCAAAAAUCAGUAAUAACACUCCAAAACCCGAACCAGUGUCUUAUGAAGAAUUGCACUUAACACUUGCAGAACUAAAAAAAACAUUGGAGGAAUGCAGACUGCCUAAGCAUAUGUAUUAUAACCAACAGCAGGCUCCUUCUAUUCCAGAACCAUACACCUAUCGGUCCGGUGAAAAUCCUUUUGAUGAGGGAAAAGAAAUACUGCCAAUUUUGCUAGAAGUUGGAAACUUAGAAUGCUCUAAGCUUGUCUAUAAUCUUAUAACAGGGAAAUUUAACUUACCCUCACCAAAUUUACAUGAAAAAAGAGCUUCAGUUUUGGACAGUACAUGCAUAGAGGCAUUGAAUAAACUCAUUUCUGGUAAAUUUGAUAUACCCAAAUCGUAUGCAGAUCGAAAGGCAAUACUGAAAAAUACGUUUGAUGAAAACAUUCAUCAGUUUGAUGAUAUAGACUCUUUCUUAUCUAACAUCAGUGAAUCUAUGCAUGAGGUGCAUAACUUCUUUCAUACUGAUAAGUUUAAGAUAACUGAGUGAUAUUAUAAAUCACUCAAUCAUCAAGUUAAGACAAUAUUUUAAACAACAACUAAUGCAAAUUUUAUACGUAAAUAUUUAACAAA